AUGGACGCUGAAAAGAAAGCUUUCUCCAUCCCUAAUGGAAAAGAUCAGUAUCCAAAGCAAACACGAAGAAAGCAUUUUAAGAACAGGAUGCAUCUUUGGGAGUUUCUAUUAGAACUCCUUGCAGACAAAAGAUGUCAGUCAUUGAUAAUGUGGACGAGACAGGAGAAGGGAGAAUUCAGAAUUAUCAAGACAGAAGCUGUGGCAAAAUUAUGGGGCUUCGAAAAUGGUAGACAAGGCAUGACCUAUGACAAACUUAGUCGAGCUUUGAGACAGUAUUACACUGAUGGAAUUAUUACGAAGGUUAGGGGGCAAAAGACGACUUACAAGUUUGACAAACUUCCGUAUAAUUACCUCCCCGGAGUAACAAGACGCUGUAAAAGGGUGUUCCGUGCAAGGAAAGUUUCUCCUCGAGCAGAAAACGAGAUAAAACCUGAUUCACAUGGAGAAGACACACCAGAAUCUCCCGCAGCAAAUACUGUACAACGAAUGGCGUCUCCCCAUGUCAUAUCUUACUGCAACUUCUGGGAAACAUUCCAUAGUUCUAACCCCGCAAUCAUCUUACUGAAUCCAAAAUCAUCCCAUCUCAAUUUAUCUCCGUGUAUUGAAGAGGACUCUGGAUCACACAAGACUGAGAUCCCACGGCCAGUCAUCUACCCAAAGCAACCUCCGAUUCCGAAAUUAUCGCCAUCCAGUUCACCGCGAAACAUCGUGGGGCAAAAUGAACCAGGUUAUGUUGCUCUGUCAGUAAUUUGUCCCGAAACUUUUCCAGUUCAGGAGACCGGCUUCAUUGCACCUCGGAACACUGGAGAUGGGAGUGAGUCUCGCCCUAUCUUGUUGUCGCCCUGCAUUCCGACUCUAGGAUCAAACCGUAAAUUGACACAUCCACACAUUUUGGGAAAACCUUUACCACAUAAAGGCAAGUCUUUGGUCAUUUCCCCAAGGCAGCAUCUCAUCCCGAAUCCAUCACGUAUCAGCUCAUCUGCCAUUGAGGAGCAAAGAGCAACAAGCGUCUCUUCAACGUUUACAGCAUGUCCUCUUUUCCCCUCGCCUUACUCCCAAAACUUCAUACGUCCGACUGAUGUCUACACUCAGGUCAAUAAAGCUCCAUAUCAGCCCCCAGUAUAUCCUGUAUCUGUUUUAUAUGAUCAACAUCCAAUAAUAACUAAUGUGACUGGAAAUUACUUAGCACAUCCAGCACCAAAACCUAAUCAAAAAAAUUUUUAUUGA